AUGGCAAAAACAUCGGAAGUUAUUGCAGGCAUAGCCCUGGGCAUCCCAAUAAUGAGUUGGCUGCUGGUACCCAUCAUCACCUUUCUCGUGAACAAAUUCUUUUCCAUCCUCCUUAACGACACAUCAAGAAAACUCAGUAACCUGGAGAACCUCACUGUCCCAAGUCUGAAGGAGACUCUGAUAGAAGUAGAGGAGCAGAGGAUGCUUAGAGCAGCUAAAGAUGUGAGGUCUGAGUCUGAUUUGAGGACUCUCGAUGGACUGGCGACAGAACUCAAAUCUGCCUUGUAUGAAGCGGAGGAAAUCCUGGAUCUGAUAGAUUAUUAUCGGAUCGAGAAGAAAAUCGUUGAUGAUGCCAAAGAGAAUGGCAGAAGCUGGGUGCAGCAAAUCCUCUGCGCUUUUGGCGCUUGCAUGGUCCACUGCAAGGGAAGCAGCUGGGUGCAGCACCUGCACGGCGGCGUUGACUUUUGCAUCACCUGCUGCAAGGGGAGCUUGUUCGGAAGAUCAGGUGGGCAACUUCCAAUUUCCCGUGCAUCCUCCAUUUCUGUGGUUCAGAGGCUCUGUGGCGGGUACCAUAUCGCCAACAGCUGUCGAUCUGGGAUGCAGUGGCUCUGUGACUGGUUCUGGCACCUCGUACUCAAAAUCACCAACUGCUGUAGAUAUGGGGUGCCGAGACUCUGUAGCCAGUUCAGGCAUCUCGUAUUCAAAUUUGCCAAGUUAUGUCAAUCUGGGAUUCAGACGCUCUAUGGUUUGCCAGCCGAUGUGAUUGCAGCUAACCAGGAUUGGUCAUAUAAAGUUAUUGGCAUCAAAAGUAAUCAGGAAAGCAGCAGCAGCCAAAUUCCCAAGAAGGAUAGUAACAAAGAAAGGAGUAGAAGGCAGGAGGAUAUUGAGUACCUGUGCAGAAGCAUUGAACGGAAGGUAUUCGGUCGAGAUAAGGAGCGGUCUGGGAAGAGUACCCUGGCACAAUAUGUUUGUGAUUAUUAUGAGAAGGCCGAAGGCCAACAUUUUGACCCUGUCAUGUUCAUUCAUGUGUCUGAGGCAUUUAGAGUGGAUAAGAUAUUUCGUGACAUGUUGAGGGAGAUCAGGAAAGACCGGCAAUCUGACAGCAAUGAUGUGAAAGGUCUACAUGAUGAGCUGAAGGAAAAGUUGAAAGGAAAACGUUUCUUGUUGGUACUGGAUGAUCUCUGGGUCAGUGGUGAGAACAGAGAGGAACGUGCUAUUCUACUUGGUGUGCUGGAUGCUGGGCAGAGUGGAAGCCGAAUUCUGGUGACAGCUCAGAAGAAAGAUGCAGCUGCAGCUCUAGGUGCUCAGGAGCAAAUCCCAAUACCGGAUAUGGAAGAAGAGCAGUACUUCUCAAUGUUCAUGCACUAUGCCCUAGAAGGCACGCGUUCUGAUAAUGGAAGAUUUAUAGCAAUAGGGAGAAAAAUUGCGAAAAGGCUUGGCAGAUCACCCAUUGCAGCAAUAACAGUAGCAGCACGGCUUCAGAGUAACAACAGUUUCGAUUUCUGGGAAACAACAGGGAACCUUGACAUGUUGAAUGAAACAAUGGGAGCUCUGUGGUGGAGCUAUCAGCAGCUAGGUAUAGACAUCAGGCGAUGCUUUGCAUACUGCAGCACUUUCCCGAAAGGAUACAGGUUAGUACGAGAUGAGUUGGUUCGCAUCUGGAUAGCACAUGGAUUUGUAAACACCAGGAUGAAUGCAACAGAGCAAUUGGAAGACAUAGGCCUCCGCUACUUAAACGAACUACUGACAUUCUCAUUUCUGCAAGUAGAAAGAACAAUUUUUGGUACUGAAACUGAGGCAUUCACAAUUCAUGACCUGCUACACGAGUUGGCUGAGAGGGUUUGCGGAACUGAAUGCUUCAGAAUUGUUUCAAAUGCCCUACCAAAAGAUAUUCCGCAAGAGGUUCGCCAUCUUUUUGUUGGUAUUGGGACUGACAAUAGAGCAGUGAUUACAAAGAAAAUUCUGGACUUGGUAAAUCUACGCACUCUCAUCAUUGAUGAAGAGUACAGCGAAAAUAAGAGGAAAAUAUUUGCAGCUCAAGAUGCUGAGGAAUUGGACCACACCUUAAUUAACGAAAAACUCUUUGACAGAAUGUUCAAGAGCCUGAGGAAACUGCGGGUGCUGAUAUUUAAAACAAAAUACUACCAUGAACAAGUGUUGUUAGUUCCAUCAUCUAUUGAUCAGAUGAAGCAUCUACGUUAUCUUAACUUUAAUAUGGACUGUUCCCAUCGCAGUGUGGAGCUUAUUUUCCCAAGCACAUUUAGCAAGCUUUACCAUAUGCAGAGCAUAUAUGCUGAGAAGGUUUCCUGUGCUGAAGAUAUCACUAAGAAUCUCACUUCGUUGCGGCAUAGCUCUUCAUCGUCGAUGGAUUUUGCAAACAUUGGCAGGCAGCUGACGUCACUCCAAUCACUAGGAUACUUCCAAGUAAAGAAGGAACAAGGGUACGAAUUGAAGCAGCUGAAGCACCUAAACAACCUUCGAGGUACGCUGGUGAUAGAUGGUCUCGGGAUUGUCAGAAGCAAAGAGGAAGCUCUUGAAGCCCACCUAGCCGGCAAGAAACGACUAAGAAAACUGGAACUGUCAUUCUGUGUCCGUCAGGCCGGGGAUCCAAACGCCGUGGCAGAGAUACUUAACCUCCUUUUACCACCAGAGGAUCCUGGGAAGAGCUCACGGUCAACCAACCGUGACAAGGCUACAAGGUACCAUGGCUGGAUGAUGGGGGGCCAGACUCCAGAUGCCGCUGCAGAGGUACUUGAGGGCCUUUGUCCCCCGAAGGAUCUUGUAGCACUCACAAUCAACCGCUACAAGGGUUCGAGAUAUCCUAGCUGGAUGUUAAGUCACCAUAAUCCAGACGCCCUAAAGCACCUGCAACAACUUAAACUCCAUAAUUGCAGCCCAUUGGAGUAUUUUCCUGGAGAUAUCGAGUUGUUCAGUUGUCUGCGUGAGCUUCAGGUUUCCCUUUGCAACUGGGACAGCUUACCAGAAAAUAUGGAGCUCCUUGUUUCGCUCCGGAGUGUGUUAAUUAUGAGAUGCGAUAAGAUGGAGCGCCUUCCGACGCUGCCACGGUCGCUUGUGAAGAUUGAAAUCCACGGGUGCCGUGUGCUCAGUAGAACCUGCCAAGUAGAGGGACACGAAAAUUGGCAGAAGAUCCAGCAUGUUCCAGAGAGAAAUAUAUCUCCGAGAAGAGCAUGUCACAAUUAA